CCAGGCGCGCAAGGCGGCCACCGAGUGAGCGCGCUCGCAGCCGCUCCCGCCCCGUGCAUCCGCAGCUACCGCGCCGCGGCGAGACCCAGAGACGACAGACGGACCCACACAAUCGCAGCAUCCUGGAGGAGAACAUGCUUGCCAAUUCAGCCAGCGUGCGGAUUCUCAUCAAGGGAGGCAAGGUGGUAAAUGAUGACUGUACCCACGAGGCGGAUGUCUACAUUGAGAACGGCAUCAUCCAGCAGGUGGGCCGUGAGCUCAUGAUCCCUGGUGGGGCCAAGGUGAUUGAUGCCACCGGGAAACUGGUGAUCCCUGGAGGGAUUGACACCAGCACCCACUUCCACCAGACCUUCAUGAAUGCCACGUGUGUGGACGACUUCUACCAUGGGACCAAGGCGGCCCUCGUCGGAGGCACCACCAUGAUCAUUGGUCAUGUCCUGCCGGACAAGGAGACCUCCCUCGUGGAAGCCUAUGAGAAGUGCAGGGCUCUAGCUGACCCCAAGGUCUGCUGUGACUAUGCCCUCCAUGUGGGAAUCACCUGGUGGGCACCCAAGGUGAAAGCAGAAAUGGAGACAUUGGUGCGGGAGAAAGGCGUCAACUCCUUCCAGAUGUUCAUGACCUACAAGGAUUUGUACAUGCUUCGAGACAGUGAGCUGUACCAAGUGUUUCAUGCCUGCAGGGAUUUUGGGGCGAUCCCCAGGGUCCACGCUGAAAAUGGGGAGCUCGUGGCUGAGGGUGCUAAGGAGGCUCUAGAUUUGGGUAUCACAGGCCCAGAGGGAAUCGAGAUCAGCCAUCCAGAGGAGCUGGAAGCGGAAGCCACUCACCGUGUCAUCACCAUUGCAAACCGGACUCACUGCCCCAUCUACCUGGUCAAUGUGUCUAGUAUCUCAGCUGGUGAUGUCAUUGCAGCUGCUAAGAUGCAAGGGAAGGUGGUGCUGGCCGAGACCACCAACGCGCACGCCACGCUCACGGGCUUGCACUACUACCACCAGGACUGGUCCCAUGCAGCCGCCUAUGUCACGGUGCCGCCUCUGAGACUGGACACCAACACUUCCACCUACCUCAUGAGCCUGCUGGCCAAUGACACGCUGAACAUCGUGGCAUCCGAUCACCGGCCAUUCACCACAAAGCAGAAAGCCAUGGGCAAGGAGGACUUCACUAAGAUCCCGCACGGUGUGAGCGGUGUGCAGGACCGCAUGAGCGUCGUCUGGGAGAGGGGAGUGGUUGGAGGAAAAAUGGAUGAGAACCGUUUCGUAGCCGUCACCAGUUCUAAUGCAGCCAAGAUUCUCAACCUGUAUCCUCGCAAGGGCCGCAUCAUCCCCGGAGCCGACGCUGAUGUGGUGGUGUGGGACCCGGAAGCCACAAAGACCAUCUCAGCCAGCACCCAGGUGCAGGGCGGAGACUUCAAUCUGUAUGAGAACAUGCGCUGCCACGGUGUACCCCUGGUCACCAUCAGCCGGGGACGCGUUGUGUACGAGAAUGGCGUCUUCAUGUGUGCAGAGGGCACUGGCAAGUUCUGUCCCCUGCGGUCUUUCCCGGACAUUGUCUAUAAGAAGCUGGUCCAGAGAGAGAAGACCUUAAAGGUGAGGGGAGUGGACCGCACUCCCUACUUAGGGGAUGUCGCCAUUGUUGUCCACCCUGGGAAAAAAGAGAUGGGAACACCACUGGCAGACACGCCCACACGGCCAGUCACCCGGCACGGGGGCAUGCGGGACCUUCAUGAAUCCAGUUUCAGCCUCUCUGGUUCUCAGAUUGACGACCACGUUCCAAAGCGGGCCUCAGCUCGGAUCCUUGCGCCCCCUGGAGGCAGGUCUAGCGGUAUUUGGUAAAAGGCUCUGACCAGCGCCCCCAACAAGUGAGGCUGCUCUACCACCACCUGCCUGCACCUUCCGGCCACAGCUGCAGUGGGUGGGGGAGGUUGGGCAGGACAGCGCACCACCAGUGGGGGCUCCAGGAACCAGGGAGCCCUCCCCUUGUCUGAACGUGAUUCACGGGGCUUUGAUCCACCCCUAACAAGGCACUUUGAGCUGUCCCCCCGCCCUGUUCCUUCCUUCCUUGGCCCUGGGGUUUCUCUGGACCCCAGAAGCCCAUACUAUGCACAGCACCCAAUGCAUAGCACCUGGCCCCACCCCAUCCUCUCACCGUGACCUCCCCGCGCUGGCUCUGGGAAGGCCCGGACUUUAGUGCUCUGCCCUGCUGCCCACCCAGACAGGUGUCCAGAGCACUUUAGCAGAUGUGUUUUAUAAGUAAGGGCCUUCCCCUUCACCCCUUAGGCCCCAUGGUGACAUUUUCCCAAGUCAGACAGGUGUCAACUCCCCAGCCAUGCCCAAGGUGUCCCACUCACCCCAGCUGUACCUGCGAGGGUACAGUCAGGACACCCCGAGUGUGGCUGUGCUUGGGACACCCUGUGCCCUUAGCUAGCCUCUUUCGUUCCCUACCCAUGCCCUCUGGGAGUCCCAAGCCCCAGAAGGGUAGCUGGGUGGGCAUGCGGCUGGUGCCAGGCGCGUGUAAAUGGUUUUGUUUUGCACGUUUGGUUUGCGCAGUGGUUUGGUUUGACUUGUUCGUGCACCCUGUGGAAAAUAACGGUGCUUCGUGUCACUAGCAUAGCAUAGAAUCGGGAAUAGAUUUGGUUUGUAGGAGAUGCUGCACUCACCACCAACCAGACAGUACGGGGCAGAGGCAGGGGCAGGCUGGCCCCCUGGCCCCUUCCUCCCAACCCAGGGUCCUUUUGCUUCCGGAAGCCCUGUACCAUGAUUCCCUUAUCCCACCCCUCCUACCACCCCUCCUACUUCCCCACAUUUAAAUGAUCCUGGAUGUUGACCUUGGAAACCUUCAGGCCGCAUAUCUGCUCCUGGUCACUCCCAGCUGUAACCCCAUAUCCACACCCUCAUACCCAACACAGCUUCCUAUAACUUGCCCCUGCAGGGCAAGGCCUAGCUACUCCUCCUGUGUGACUAGUAAGAGGCCUCAUACCUGCUGAGAAAGGGGGAGUAGGAGAAGGUUGCCUAGCCAGCCUCCAGGGAAGGGACUUCAACCCACAAGGCUUAGCUGGAGAAUCCACCCCACUGCACAAGUGCUGUGUCUGGGAUCCUCAGACUAAGCUCUUGUUGGCUACUGGUUGGCCCCACCCCGUCUCAGAAGCUCCUUGGAGGUCCUCGUAGGCGGCUACCCAGUCUGGGAAGCGGCUCAGCUGUCUGCCUUUGGUAAGCCUCAUCCCUGCCCCUCUUCGGCAAGUGAUCUCACUUUUGUUUGAGCUCCACACGCGUGUCAGAGGCCCCAGAGAGUGUCAGUCACCCCUGCACGCGUUUGUCUUACUUUGGGCACAUCAAAGUACGCCCGUGUGUACUCUCACUAGGUCGGCUUGACAGGUAAACUUGACAGGAGCUUCUGAGACAAGGCGGGGCUCGCCACUCUCCCCCAUUUCACAAAUUAAAAACUGAGGCCCCAAGGGUUUAGGCCCCAGAAGUGUCCAUGACUGCACCUAUGGCCUUGGCUAUCUAACUUAGAGGUGGGAAACAGUUGUGGAUUGAUGUCGGGCCCACUAGGAGUUUAACCAGAUAGAACGCUUUCUUCCUGAGGGCGAGUCUGCCUUGCUUUGCACAAGCCGGUUUUAUCUUUGUCAUGAACUAACUAAUGUAUCCUCUUGGUUUGAGCCUGGACUAGAAAAGUGUUAGGAACUUGCGUACGGUUUUAGUUGAACCCAGUGUCCUCACUUAGGAGCUGAAGGGACAGAUAAGCCAGAGGACUGAGGUAGCCCCAGGAACAGUAGGUAAUGACCCUAGAGAAGCCUUCACAGGUAACGAACAGUGACGCUGACCCCUGGUGCAGUGUCUGUCUCUCUCUUUCUCUCCCACCCUCCCUCUCCUUCCUUCUCUUCCUCUUCUUCUUCCUCCCCUCCUCAUCUUCUCUCUUUUUAUUCUUCUUGAGGCAAAGUCUUGUCUAGGUAGCCUAGCCUUGAAUUUACAGAAAUCCUGCCUUUGUUUUCCCAAGUACUGGAAUUACACACAUAAGCCACCACACGUCAUCUUUGUCUAUUUCUGCUCUUGCUGGGUCAUGGGCCUUGGGCAGAUGCCAAAGAUCCGAAGGGUGGUAGGGCCCACUGGGCAGGCCACCUGCUUUACCAGGUGCCUGGACCAGGUGCCUUUACCAUGGGCCAGGAGCGCUUUACCCUCUCUGAGCACCUCCACCUGAGAAGUGUGUUGUCUGAAGUGGUGGCACGUUCACGGGGCCACUGUGGGCCUUCUACUUGAUCCUCCCUGCCCUUUGAGACCCUAGCCCACCCUUCAUAGACUGUGUGCUCACCCAGGAGCUUCUAACCAGGAGGCUUAAAGAGCCAAACAAACCAUCAUCCCCCGGUGUCCACUCCCUGCCCCAUAUAGAGCUCCAGCCAGCCCAUCACAGGUCCGGUGGCUGCUGGCUGGAGCGAAGGGGUCUCUGGUUGCACCGAAUGCAGCUCUCAAACUGGUCUUGUACUUGCUGAAUAAACACUGUUGUUCUUGCCUUAGCUGCUCUCUAGGUUUGUGGGGUUAACUUAACAGAAAAUUGUGCUACUGUGUGUAUGUGUGUGUGCGCGAGUGUGUGCGAGUGUGUGUGUGUAGUGCUAGGAGUCCACAAUAGGUCACUUGUCAAGCCAAUGCCGCAUUGAGGGCAUCUCUUAUAUUGACCCAAGAACCACGGAACCACACGGAAGCCAAACCCUUCCAGCUUCUGAGGUGGCAGACACAGCCUGGGGUCAGAAAGGAGCUGUCAGGAGCCCAGCACCCAAGUGACUUCCUCACUCCUCUGUAAAUGUCAUGGUGCUAAGCUUGUAUCAAUCCCGAGAUGGCACAUGGCCCUGUGCUUUGGCCACUGUUUGAGGCAAAACAAAACAGCCCAACACGUUGUGUUCUGGUGCAGGUUUGUAUUAAACUGUAGCUACUUCUCA